UCCAAGAGCCCGAGCUCCUCAAGGAACCCACAGGAAACCUUGUUUUUAAAUCUUUCACAUUGUAACAAACUCCAAGGAUUUUAGAACUUUGAGAUUCUUUUAUUUACAAAUUUUCAUUCCAGAUUUUACCCUGAACUUUUUACAAAUGUCCCUAAUUUUAGGGCACUUUAUCUAGUGUUUUGUUCCUUGAAGUGGGUCCAGACCCCUCAUGAGUGACCGACCAGGUGUAAAGGAAUGAAGUAAAGGCAUCUGAGAUUGAUUUGCCACCACGGUUCGUGAGUCAGGAGGAGAAGGAAAAAGGGAAGCAGAUUCUUUAAUUAUUUUUUUUAGGGUGACCCUGAUUUAGCGAUGGGGCUCUUCUACUGCGACAAGUCCGUUGGCAUCACUAGUAAUGUAUGGAAUGGGAUUAAGUGCCAGAUCCAGAGUCGAGCACCUGAGUGGCUGGAGCUGGACGAGAUCCACAUGUUACAGCAGAAGCGGAUCCGAGAGUCUCCUUUACUGAGUGCAGUCAAAGACAAUGACAUUGGGGCUCUCAGGAAACUACUGGAAUGCCCAUCAACUGACCUGUAUGUGAGAGGAGCGGUAGGAGAGACCGCACUUCACGUGGCUGUUUCUUAUGAUAACCUGGAGGCUGCUAAAAUAGUUCUAGAGGCUGCACCAGAUCUGAUUGACCAACCCUUCACCUCUACCCUUUAUGAAGGACAAACAGCACUUCAUAUUGCAGCUGUCAAUCAAAACGUCAAUUUGGUGAAACUACUGAUUGAAAAAGGGGCUGAUGCCUGUUCCCCCCGAGCCAUCGGCACCUUCUUCUCUCAAAACUCGGGCAACCUAUUUUACUUUGGGGAACACAUUCUGUCUUUCGCUGCUUGCACUGGCAACGAGGCCAUUGUCCGUCACCUUAUCGAGAACGGAGCCAGCAUUCAGGCUCAAGAUUCGCACGGUAAUACCAUACUCCAUAUUCUGGCCCUACAACCUAACCAGACCUUUUCCUGCCAGAUGUUCGAUCUCAUACUGUCCUAUGAUGACAAAGAAAACAAUGAUGUGGACCUUCUAACAAUCCCUAAUUAUAUGGGUCUUACUGCCUUCAAAUUAUCUGCUGCUGAGGGAAAUAUUGUUGUGUUUCAACAUCUAUUAAAUAAACGGAAACAGAUCCAGUGGAGUUUUGGCCCAGUGAUAUCCGUCUUGUAUGAUCUUUCGGGGAUAGACUCUUGGGGAGAAGAGCAGUCGGUGUUAGAACUUGUGGUGUCUUCCAGAAAGAGAGCAGCUCGCCAUAUCCUUGACCUUACACCUGUGAAAGAACUUGUCAGUCUGAAGUGGAGGAGCUGUGGACGACCAUACUUCUGGUUUUUGGCGGCAGUCUAUGUCUUGUAUAUGAUCUGCGUGACUAUGUGUUGCAUUUACAGACCUCUUAAACCCAUUCCACAUAAGUCGAACGUGUCUAGAGAUGCAACCAUCUUAAUUCAAAAACCUCUUCAUGAGUCGUACAGGACCUACCAGGAUGACCUUCGUCUUGCAGGGGAACUAAUUAGUGUUUUGGGGGCAAUUGUUAUACUACUGCUUCUGAUUCCUGAUCUGCUCAGGGUUGGAGCCACAAGAUAUUUUGGACAGACUGUCCUUGGUGGUCCAUUUCACAUAAUCAUAAUUGUUUUUGCCUCUAUGGUAUUGGCAGUUUUGGUCAUGAGGUUGACCAACAGUGAUGGUGAAGCCAUUCCUAUGUCCGUGGCACUGGUGCUUGGCUGGUGUUACAUCAUGUAUUUCACACGUGGUUUUCAGAUGCUUGGACCAUUUACCAUCAUGAUACAAAAGAUGAUAUUUGGAGAUCUGUUGCGCUUUUGUUGGCUAAUGGCUGUGGUUAUUCUUGGCUUUGGUGCUGCUUUCUUUGUGAUAUUUCAAACUGAAGACCCUGAAGAACUGGGACAAUUUAUGUCAUACUCUAUAUCUCUGUUCAGCACAUUUGAACUCUUCCUGACCCUCAUCGAUGCUCCGGCAAAUUACGGUGUAGACUUGCCAUUCAUGUUCAGUGUUAUGUACUCGGCGUUUGCAGUAGUCGCUGCUCUUCUGAUGUUGAAUCUUCUCAUUGCCAUGAUGGGGGACACACAUUGGCGUGUGGCUCAUGAAGGAGAUGAGCUAUGGAGAGCUCAGGUUGUAGCCACAACUAUAAUGCUAGAAAGAAAAAUGCCAAAGUCCCUUUGGCCUCGUAUCGGCAUUAGCGGCAAGGAUUUCGGUUUAGAAGACUCGUGGUAUCUCCGAGUCGAGGAGCGCAAAGAUUUAGACAAGCUCAAAAUUACAAGGAUUACAGAUGCCUUUAAAAAUAAUGAGGAUGAUGAAGAUGCAGAAAUUGAAUCUUUGGUAAUGGAUCUCCCUGGAGAUGAGCUCAAGACUAAGAGGGUGUCUAUAAGUGAAACUCCCGCUUUGCUCCGAAAAUUUUCUCAGAGAAGAUCGAGCAAAGGUUGGCAUAUUCUUAAAAGAGCCUCAACUGGCCAGCUACAAGGCAAAGUCAACUAUGCCCUUGAUAUCGAUGAGGAUGUGUACGAUGUGUAAGGUGAAUGCUUCUUUUAUACUGAACAGACUCAAAGCUCUGCUGGAUCUAGGUUUAAUCUGUCUAUACAAGGAAAACUGAUCCUUACUGCUUUGUAUUAUUUCAAAACUUGGGUAACCUAGGCUUCACUAAAAGAAGAAAAUCCAUCUGACAAUGUUCAAACUGAGUAUAUCUCAUGAAUCUUGGAAUGUCUAUGGCUUAUGAGGAGCAAGGAAUCUUCCCUGAGCAACAUGAGGUUUGAAUGUGACUCAUCGUCCUUGGAUAACCCUGGCUACUUGAAGAACAUCUUGCCGAUUAUUCUAUCUAGAUUUAUGAUGUUGGAUUUGUUCUUGCAAACACACCCAAAUCCUAAUUCAACUUUUGAUUAAAAAACGUUAAGUAAUUUAAGCUGUUCAACGGAGACUUUCACUAACCCACCUAAUGAAUUAAAUCUUACAGUCAAUCUCGGAAUGCCAUGAAUUCUUCAUCACCAUGGUCUUACCAUUAUGUUUAAGUAAACAUUCCCUGGUGCCAUAAUCCAUGGAUGGAGCUACUGUAUAAUGGAAAGAACUUGACCAUAGGCUGGCAUGUUGUAUCAGCAAUUAGCACUUUAGGUAAACUCUUUCGAGAAGACAUUCCCAAUGAAGGAGGCAUGACUGUCUUUACAUCCUUUUUCUUGUUACAUGAACUCUUAAAAUAGAUUGAGAGGUUAAGAUUUUGGGAAUGUCCCCCCCCCCCACCCAUAUGCUUGAGAUUGAUGGCUUGAUUGUCAGAAUCAGUUUCCAUGUACAUGAGAUUUUACCGAGUAUAGACAGGCCAUAUUAAUCAUCUAAGUUCUUUGUAGUGUUUUAGAAGAAAACCAAACCACCAGGUGUCUUUCCUUGAUACAGGACAUAUUGUGUGAUGUUUUAAAAAGUAAAAACUGAACUAGAACUCAUACACAUAUGUAGCAUAAAUUAAUGUAUAUGUAGCAGACCUAUCUUGUGAGCUCUCAGCGGGCAUGAAAACUUUUAGUUUGCCAAUUACUUUAAUGCUCAUGCUUAAAUGGUUGUCCGCUGACUGCUCAUUUGCCCAACAGCUAUCCCUCCAGACCAACAUAUAAACAUGCAUGCUCUGCUUAGGUUAGGUUUACAGGUUUUCUGAAUGAUGAGAGGUUCCUCACACCUCCAUAAAGUAUCUGGCAUCACACGACUAAUCAUGGUCUAUCGGGGUCUAUUAUAUAUAGAGAGAGUGUUAUCCUUAUUAGUUCAACAGGGGUUACCGAUCUAUUCCGUGCGAUGAUGAUCCCGUCCUUCUGUCCUCCACCUAUCCAGAGGAUAGGUCAUCAGUAAGAAGAUAUCAUAAAUUCCUUUUAAAGGCUAAUCAAUAAGUUAUUAUUUUUCAUCACUACCACCCCAAGGUCUUCGUCUUCUCCUUGGACAUGAGGAUCCAGCUGCUUCUCUUUUAGGAGAACAUAGCUAUGUAGACCAUGGGAUUUUCCACCACUCCCCAUUCUUGAUUGCUGUUAUGGUGCUCAUGUAUAGGAAUGUCCUGUGCCGAAUUAGACCACCAAUGAUGAUAGAACCAACCUAAGCUCAGCUCCCAUCUCCAUAGAUCCUAUACCAGUCCAAUGGGAUACCUUUUUCAUAUGUCCACCAUUGGCUAAUGUUGGAAAUCAACUGGGGAAAUAUGAUAUUUUAAUAAAAAUGAUAUGACCGGUAUAAAGGUUUUGUGUAAGUAAGGUAAACACUUAGUUCAGGCUUGUGAUAGUCUGAUGCUAGUGUAUCUAAUCCUCGGCACAUGUGUUUAUAGUCACGGAUUACUGAUCGGAGAAUAAUCUCAUUAAUCCAUACACGAUGCUCCCCAGAGCUAAUAUUUACUAAUGGCUCUUCUUAUAGUACAGAACACAGCUGUCUUCUGUACUUAUUUCAGAUGUUUGUUGGUUUUCUGCUGGGCAGGUCAAUCUUGGCAGGGUCAAUAUCUAUAUAGUGUAUACUCAUGUGGCAUGACUCAUUAUAGUCUUGGCUCAGUCUAUUCUUCUCAAGACUGCUCAGGUAUCUGCCCUAUAUAACCUACAAUUAUGUAACUGAUUUCUUGCUGAUGUACAGUAUAUUGGAACUAUAACAUGCUUUAAGGGAAUUGGACACCACGACCUGGUUCCUUUUAAAUGAGGGGCGGACUGGGAACUUAAAGUGGCCCUGGAAAAAAAUAAAUAAAAGUAGCCCCAUUUUGUAGGCAAAUUAACAGAAGGCGGGACAACACAGGUAGACCAUAGUGCAAAAUACCACCCCUGCAGAACCAAAUCACACAGUGUGGCACAAUCUACUGUCCCAAAAGCUGGCCCUCUGGUGGUCAUCAAUGGCUACCAUCUUCUGUCCUACUUCUCCAGUUGUCUAUGGAGCACGGGGCUUAGGAGGUGAGGUGAAGUGAGGUGCACAAUUGACACUUUAAGC